UUCUUCCAAAUAGGCACAAUUGCUUGUUCCUCAUCGCGACUCGUCAAGUUUUUACGUUGGGCAGGAAGCUAAUCUAACCUUUCAACGACAGAGGUAGAAAAACAAGAGAACGAACGCUGUAUAUAAAAAGUGUCCGUCAUAUGUCAAAAAAAUAAAGUUUUAGUCCAGAGUGCGCUGUAGUAGGGUGAGUCAAUGUUACAAUUGCAACAUAACCACUAAGCUACUCAAUCUACUCAGUGUUCAUGCAAGCGGAUUCAUAUUCAAAGUAGUAAAUUAUUAUUUGUUUAAUAUUUCAAAAGAUGGAUAAUCUUCCACGUGUUUUGAUCAUAAGUACAGUGUGUGGUAAAGCUACUGAAAUUGCUCAAAAAAUAGGAAAGGAACAAAUAUCAAGGCAUUCACAUGAAGACGAUAUAGACUAUUAUUUAUGGAAUAUCAAUAAUAAAUAUUAUACAUCACAGAUAUUAUUAUGCGCAACAGAAAAUCCACAUAUCAACAUACCAACAGAAGGAAUACAAGCAUUAAUUUUGUAUCAUGAUCCACAAGCUGAUAAUGCAGAACAAAAUUUAGAUCAAUGGUCAUCCUUAAUCUCUUCCCUCUCUGAAGCCGAUGUAUUAUUAUUUACAUGCAAUGCAAUAUCAAAUGUGGAUGUUAAAGAUAAAAUAAUUACAUGGUGCAUAAAUAAAAAAUUUGAAUUAGUUGAACUGCUUGAAUCAGAUUCCACAGAAAAUUUACAAUAUGACUCAGAACAUAAUACAUAUGGAAUUGAAAGAAUUAUUGAAGCUCUACAUGCGCAUAUAUGGCCAAAUAUUUUAUUAAAAGGAAAACCUUCUAAUGUUGAUGAAAAAGAAUCAAAUUUAGAUCAAGUAACAAAUAAAAUAGAAAAUAUUCAACUAACUCAUAAUCCAACGGAAUACCCUAAUGGUGCAACUAUUUUUGAUGCCAUGAUGGAUGAUGAAGAUACACACUUUAGUGAUUUAUUUGUACAUUUAAUGACAAUGAAAGAACAUGCAGCUUCUUUGCCUACAAAUGAAAGACGUCUAACAGCAGAGAAAUUAGUCACUGCUUUUUGGAAAUUAAUGGGUGAAGAUUCAGAAAUAUACGACUGAAUUAAUAAUAAGUAUUAGUAUAUAUGCAUUUUAAAAUGAAAAAGAAAUACGUUAAUUUAAAAGAAAUAAUUAAUUUAAUUAUGAUAAAAAAUAAAUUUCUCAAUCAAUGUAAAAAUUUUCUAUUCACACAGUUGAUGAUUAAUAAUGCUGUUGCCUUAUAUAUCUUGCGAUAAAGAAAUAAUUAAAG